ACAGCGGCAUAGUCGAUAUCUAAGCGCAUUGCCGCUCGGACGUGCUUUGGCUACGUCACAACGGCACCGGCACGCGGUCCGCGAACGCACUUCGUAAAAAGAAAACUUUUUUUUUGCACAGUUUACACAAAUAUUUUGCUUUUACUAAAAUUGUGGAUGAGUGAAUGAUUUACCCCGAUAUUGGUAACUUAAUAAUUCAGAUCUUCGGCUGUUUUUGAGCAGUUCGCUGGGAAAAUGAACUACGAUGGCGUGACGUGAUGUUAGAAAAAUGAGCUCACAAAAAGAUAUUAGAUUUGGAACUGUUUUUAAAAAUUCAAUCAACUGAUUUGCUAAUCCAGUGCUAAUUCUGUGGCGUGACUUAGUGUGCUUUCUACUUUGGAUGCUUUUUUCAUAAGUGAUUUUUUUUUCUGAAUCGUAUAUACACGUGUGGGAAAUUUCACAUCUUCAUAACAUCAUGAUACUUCAACGGACUUUAUUGUUCAUCAUAUUUAAAUUAUUGUUCGCCACGAGUUUACAAGACACAAGUAUACAUGCACCAUUAACGAAAACAGAAGUCGGACGACUAGUGCCUCGAACGACGCAAGCGGUACGAACGAACGUAACAAUGUUCGCGUGGAGUUCGUGGGGAUCGUGGAGUCCUUGCUCCAGAACUUGUGGCGGUGGAGUAGCAGUCCAGGAGCGACAGUGCUUACCCAGGGAUCCUGCGAGAUUACGCCGCAGCAGAAAGAGAAGAAAAUUGUCAAAAAGCACAGAACGCGUGGGAAGGGAGCAGAUUGUGUCGGUGGUCAAUGGUCCAGAACCAGACUGCCCAGGCAUCGGGCGGCGGUACCACGAGUGUAACACAUCGCCAUGCGCGGGACCCCUUCGCGAUUCUCGGGCCGAGCAAUGCGCGGUGUACGACCGCAGACCGUUUCGCGGCAGAUUCUAUACUUGGGUGCCUUAUGUUGAUGGAAACGCACCCUGCACUUUAAAUUGCCGACCUCGAGGACAGCAGUUCUACGCAUCUUUAGCUCUCGUGGAAGAUGGCACUCCAUGCACAAAGCCUGGUUUUCGAGCCAUUUGCGUGCAAGGUUCAUGUAAGGUAGUCGGUCGUGAAAGCGUGCUAGCAUCGGCAGCUACUCGAGAUGUCCGGUGCGGCCGGCGGCUAGUUUCUGGUCUUUUCACUCGCCCUAAGUUGCCACUCGGAUACACAUACGUGACGACGGUACCACGCGGCGCCUGCCGCCUCAACGUCUCAGAGAUACUGCCCAAUGAGAACUACAUCGCGUUAAAAGUAACGAAUGGCUCGUACAUUGUAAAUGGGGAUUUCGCUGUAAGCGCGCCAGGAACUUACGACGCAGCAGGCGCCCGAUUCAUCUACACCCGCACAGGUGGACUCGAUAAUAUAUUCACAUCGGGACCUAUUCAUCAUCCCAUCGAGAUCAGAGUACUCUACACGCGAUCGAGUGCAAACAUAAAAUACGAAUUUCUAACUGAUUCAGCAUCUGAUGAAAGUAAUGAUAUACCGACAGCAAGUAAUGAAGUACCACAUCAUCAAAUGCAAAGACAUCAUCGACAUCAUAACUCCGAUCCUCUUAGACGAGAUAAUGAAUCGAAAUCUGGAACUUCUCUAAUGAAGCAUCCAGAUUUUAAAACAUUAGAAAGUAAAUCUCAAAUCGAUAGCAAUGUUAUCGGUGAAAGAAAAUUUGUUUGGAAGAUAUUAACUUAUACACCAUGUUCGAGGAGCUGCGGAGGUGGACAUCAAAUAGGCAAAUUUAAGUGCGUCGAAUUAACAGAAAAGGGUGAUAGAGAAGUGGCCAGAGUGUAUUGUAAUGGUACACCGCCACCGUCCCGUAGACAUAGCUGUGGAAAUGCACCGUGUCCUCCAAGAUGGAGAGCGGCUGCUUGGGGAGCUUGCCCUGUUUGUGGUCCAGCUAUACGAACAAGAAUCGUUGGAUGUGUUCAAGACCAUGCUAGAGGAAUCAUUAAGAUAAGCGACCAAAAAUGUCCCCUGCCGAUGCCUCCUAGUAGCGAGCCGUGUGACAUUCCAAACUGCGACGGCACUGCUGUGAAAUCCGGAACACCAAGACUUGAUGCUCGACGCAACGUACGACCGAAAGAUCGCACAGACACGUUCCGAGAUGGACCUGUUAUUUCUCUUGAUAAUAACGUUUCAGAAAACGAUAUCACUCCUUCUUUAUCUACAAAUUAUAACUUCAGUGCCGCUGGUGGAUGGUUAUAUACAGAAUGGUCCGAGUGUGUGGGCUGGUGCGUCGGUGGUGGGGUGCAGUCCCGCGGGGUGCGUUGCGCUGAUCCAGCUGGAUGUGCUGCCCACAGUGCUCCGGUUUCCACACAGGCUUGUUCACCGAGGAAACACUGUGACGCACAGUGGUUCACCAGUGCAUGGUCUGCAUGUUCAGCGGAAUGCGACGGCCGCCAAGUGCGAGGUGUUAUUUGUAUAGGAGGCAAUGGGAGGAGGCUACGAGACUCCUCGUGUAGAGGACCUCGCCCAGAGACUGAGAGGGCUUGCGGUGAGGCCUGCCAGCCUUCAUGGUACUUGAGCGAUUGGAGUGAGUGCCAUGGACCAUGCGAGGCGGGAAUGCAAUCUCGGACAGUGUGGUGCGCGCGAGGUGGUGUAGAAGGCGCCACUGGAGCUGCAAGGGAUUCGGAGUGUGCUGGUCGCAGGCCGCCAGCGAAGCGAUCCUGUGUACCAGCACGCUGUACCACCAGCCCUGCUGUUAUUAACACUGCUCCUGUUGUAUCAGAUCCACAGCGAGUAACAAGACACCAAAGCCAUAAUUCCCAAGGUCCAUGCAUGGACAAGUUGCAAAAGUGCGACCUAGUAGCGCAAGCGCGCCUGUGCAAUUAUCCCUACUACGCAGAAUCCUGCUGCCGGUCCUGCCACGGCCGGACGUAACAAUGAUAAGGGAGACAAUAUAAUAUAAUCUGCGUGUUUACGAGUAUACGUAAUGUGAUACAAAAUGGACGUAUAGUGAGAAUACGUAACAUAGCAAAUCGAAAGAAGAUUACGGCCGUGCCCACAUGUGGAAAAAUCCAUAGAGAUAAUGAUGUCACGGACCUCACGAAGGACUCCACGCCACGCAACAAGCGAAGCAUCCAAAUUGCGUCUCCCAUAUUGUGAUUAUGAUAUUAUUUACCCCAAAUUUUCGACCUGACAGUACGUACGUGCUACGUACAUACCUUGAAGUAGGUAUAAUGUCAGUUUUGAGUAAAUACGUCACGCAUCCUUUAUAGACGAAUUACGGUAUGGUUACUGCUCUUUUGUCUAAUAGGCGAAAGUAUAUCUUUUUUUCUUGUCCGUGGUAAUAAAAAGAACCACAACCAAAAAUCUUACUUAUUUAAUUAUAAUAUAAUAAUUAUAAAGAUUUAUUUUUUAUAUUUAAGCUGUAGGUACUUAAUAAUGCAUUUGCCCACUAAAAGUAUUCUCAUAAAUGUUUUUAACAAACGAUCUAACUUUGUGUAAUAUUUUUUGCAAUCUUUAUAUAGUAUACACAUUAUUGGAGUUGAAUCUUUUAUAUACUUGAAUCACUUUGAAUACCAAUCAUUAUUUAUAUUAUAAGAGACUUUAAAUAGAUUUAAAUGUUGUACCAAGAUCUGUAUGCUUGGCUAAAGUUAGAGUUAAAGGAAAGCUGUUACAUAAUUGUGAGUUAGAUUUAGUUUUGUGAUCUCCAUGUGUUUAGUCGAGUUAUGGAAUGAUCUUUGGCCUUUGCCGCUCGACCACGAUUUUUGGGCUAUGCGCCAUGUGACGCGGGAACUAGCGCGGAAUAUACGAUGACCUGACCUUGACGCAGAACGCGGCGACUUAUGACAUACAUGCUUCUCAUUUACAUACUAUUGAUAAGUAUACAAAAAAUACCAAAGAUAUAGAAUCAGGAAAAGGAGCUUCUUCAAACACAUAGAAAUGUUACAAAUUUUGUAAAAAAAAAAUAUAACGUAUGUUCUGCCUUUUCUUUAGAUAACUUUUUUAUAAUUAUGGACUGUUUUUAUCUUUAUAAUUAUUGUACGAGAUUGUGAGUUUUUAUAUAUCAAUAUUUCAUAUUGUUUGUUAUUAUUGCUUCUCGCUUCGCUUCCUUCAUCACUUACCGCUUAGCCCAAAAUCGUGGCCGAACGAUUAAAGAACCUUCAUACCGAAUGCGGCAACAUCUGUAUGAUCUGUUAGUGAAAAUUAUCUAAUUAUUAUUUAUUAAAAAUAAAUAAUAAUUAUAUAAUUUUCAUUUUUUUGGAAUAAUUAGGUAAUUAAAAAUUGCUAUGAUAGUAAAUUAAAAUGUUAAUUAUAGAACACGCGCUUAUUUAUUAUUACGAGUACUAUUUAAUAUUUUACUUUUAAAAAUUCGAAAACUUUUUUUAACUUUCAAAAAUUCAGGUGGUAUGUUAAUAAUAAUACUAAAAGAUUAACGUUUUGGUUCACUAUCAGAGUACUUUUUUAUAUUAUUAUUGAGAAAUACUGAACAAAUAUUCAGUAUUUCUGAAUUAAAUUAAUUUUGAAAAGGGAUAGAUAAAUCAGAUGUUGGCCCACAUCGAUAUGAACUGGUAUGAACACUCUUAAGAUUAAUUGUGUAGUUAGCAAGAAAAUAUAUUAAGAUUUAUCGUAGUUAAUAGGUAAAGCACGAUAUUGUUAUUUGAGUUUGGCACUGAAACGGGAUUAAAAAAUUGUAACUUGCCUAUAUUUUCAUUGAGAAAAAUAUUUUAAUAUACUUAAAGAGAAUGAGAUUAAUUUUACGUGUAUAUUAUGUACCUAUAUUUAAAUGUAUAAUUUCGAAUAUAGCUAUGACAAAUAUAUAAUUUAGAUAUUGCAAAAACUGACAAUUCUCAUCCAACGUGUUAUAAAAUAUUAUUUGGCUAAUAAUACAAAGUAAUUGCUACAAUUUUGUAUAUUGUAAUGCAAUACCUAAAUAUUUAUUUCAUUAAAUCACAAGGAGUAUUUUUUUUUUAUUUUUUAAAUAAAAAUAUAUUGUAACUUUUUUAAAUUAUAUUGUUCAUAAUAAAUAUGUAGUCACAUAUUUUAAUGUUGAAACUAUAUCAAAUUAUUAUAUAUAUAUAUAUAUAUAUAUAUAUAUAUAUAUAUAUAUAUAUAUAUUUAUAUAUAUAUAUACAGAAUCUAAUCCCACAAUUAAAAUUUUGAGCAACGGGUUUAUAUAUAUUUUAUAAUUCACUAGAAAACAUUUAUAUCUUUAUAACAUAAUAAUUUGAUCGAUAACUAUUUAUUAAUAUAUAAAUAUUAUCUUGUAAUAUACAUUAUUCAUUUUCUACAGAACUAUGCAUAAAGAACCAUAAUUUUUUUCUACUUUUUUAGUACUUUUUUAGUUCUAUUCACAUAUAGUGAAUAGAAUUAAAGAAAAUUUAAAUAAUUUUCAAGUUUAUGUAGUAGCAAAGUCUAAAUAACUCCUUUCUACCGAACAACGGAUAUUUUGCAUAAAUCAAUGCAUCAUGAACUGUCCCGUAAUCGUUCGUAACAUGCCAAAGGCGUUGGGCCACUGAUUAUUCCUUAGACGGUGUAAACGUAAACAUACAUAAGGAUUUUUAUUAUUCAGUGAAAAUGGAAUAAUAAUUCCACCUGCGCUAUCGGCAAACGCUGGCAAGGCACAAAUGAGGAUAAAAACAGAUUAGUUAGCCCAUCGUGAUGAAUUCAUUUAGAAUUAACCACGAUGGUUUCCAAGGAAACCAUGUGAGGGUCAACCUGAUAGGGUAUAUUACUAGCAAUGGGAUUGUCAGUACCCACUACUAAUAAUUGUUUUCCCUCUUUACUAUAAUCGUACGAAUCAACUUUUGAAUGUCGCUAAUUCUGUUUCUGUAUAAUGAUUGUACAAAUUAUCCACCGCAAAUCUACAGAUAUAUAAAUAAAAUUAACUUUUUUUCGCUAAAUAGCAAGCACUUCCGAAUCGCAUACGAGUAUUUAACACAACUGUAGAGCAACUCGAAUUUAUUAUAAUUGCACAUAUAGCCAUUUAUCUAAAUGGCUCUAGAGUAAUUUUACACAAGAGUUCCUUAAAUAACUUAUGUAAAUAAAGAUAUAUUGAAAUUUCCAUGGGAACGAGGUUAAAGGAUCGCGCAGACCCCUGUGGUUCCGCCACAGGCAAUGACUAGUUGAAUUUGUAAACAACAGAAACUCUUUCUCAUUUCUGCAUAAAUUUUGCAUAAACUAGCAAAUAUUGAUAGCCUGUAACUAUAAUGAGAUUUUAAUAUUACUGUAUACACGAUGUAGCCCUAUUCAAAUGAAAGGUUUGUUCAGUUUCACGCAUACUACACUGGGUUUUGAAUUUUUUUUAUUCUUUCUGUUACACCCAAUAUAAACCACUAACUAUAGGAUCCACUGUUUUAUUUACAUCAUAAAUAAUUGUAAAUAUAAUUAUUAUUAUAGAUAUAACUAUAUAUUAUGAAUAGUGCAUUUAAAUGCCUACUGGCUGUUAUGUAUUUAUGUGAUUAAUUAGUUAAACAAUGACCAUCACAUCAAGUAUUAUAACGUUUUGUAAAGAAUGUAAGCCAAACGAUUUCAUGCGGCCAACUGAAUCUAUAUUAGAUAAUGCUAAUUGUAACAGUUUGAUAAUUAUUAUAUUUAUGUAUUAGCUAAUAAUGCACUUAACAUUGUACAAAAAUUAAAAGCUUUAAAAACU